CUAUCGGAAACAACCUCUCUACUUCCUCGGAGGUAGUGGUAUGGACUGCGUGUAUUUUACCCUCCCCAGACCCCCACUAGGUGGGAAUUCACUGGGUGUGUUGUUGUUGUUGUUAUAGUACUGUUUUGUUGUUUUGUUACUACCUAUUGUCUCUUGUACUCUCAUUAUGGCUUUCUCUGAACUGUUUUUGUCUUGAGUUGAGGGUCUAUGGGACAAUCGACAGUCUUUCUACCUGACCGAUGAGGCAGAGAUAACUGCAUACGUUCUACCCUCCCCAAACUCCACUUUGUGGGGAUACACUGGAAGGUUUGCGACUGUCUGUUGCGAAGAGGAACACAACCUUUAUCUCAGAUUGUACAUUUCACAGAGCUUAGCAGAGAGAAUGUUAAGAGCUGUUUGCUCGUGCUUAUUCAUCACAAUUGUGUUCAAGCUUUUGCGGUGGAACAAAAAGGUGGAUUUGGGGAGGCACCAAGAGUUAUUACACAAUACAUGGCACUAUUUGACAACAUAAUACAUAAAUUGAGGUUCUCUAAGUUUAUAGAGAUUGUGUCUGAGGAGCUGGGAAAAGAGUGUGAAGAGAUUUUUGAAGGGUUGCUUCAGCAUGGUAGGCUGUCGCUCAACCAAAUUAUAGAUAGAUACAAGCAGUCAUCAAAUCAAGGAGAUUCUAGCGCUGAUGCUGCACGAGAUAGCUUCAACAGCCUAGUUAAGGCUAGAUUUGUGGAACGCUGUCCUGCCCCUGAACCAUUUCUUAAACCACCUUCUGAAGAAGAAACUGCUGCAAAGAAACGAGGUGCUAAAUCUGCCAAGAUUCAAGCACAAACCAUGGAACAACAAGCCUUAGCAGCAGCAGCUCCGAUGGAAUCCUUGAGAUUCUUAGUUGAAACAGACACCUGGGAUGAUUCUGUGGAAAAAACUGACAAAAAGACUAUGGAUGUGACAUGUGGCACGAAGCGGAAGCAAGAUAAUUUAGAGUCAAACACAGAACUGCUGGCUACGGAUGAAACGAAAGUACUUUGGCGUGCCAAUUUUGAAGAAUUCAUUCGCCGCUUGAGGCACAAGGCUUGUGUUGCAAAUGUGAAAGUAUGUGUCAACAACGAUGCUGCUAUUGUUCUUGCUGCGGCCCUGGAGUUGAGUAGACAUUCUGAAACUAAAUUGAGAAUUGAUAACUCAGUUCCUCAGUCGAUAAAUGCUAUUUAUGAUGAGGUGAUAAAGAGGGAAGGUGGUCUUGGCAUGGACUUGGAGCGUAUUAGAGCUUCCCUUAAUGAAUUAGGAUGUGAAGCUCCAUUGAUGGCAAUCGAUGAAACUUAUAGUGUAGAUUUGAAGAGCAUUAUUGAACAGGCUCGCAUUGAAGAGGUAGAAUCCCUUGUAUUAAAAAGGUAUGGAAAGGAGGCCUACAGGAUGUUCAGAUUACUUUCAAAAGCGGAUCGUCUUCUUGAAACGGAUAAGAUUUCAGAUACCACAUUUGUUGAAAAGAAAGAUGCAGUCAAGAUUCUGUGUAAGCUGUGGAAAGAUGACUACCUAGAGAUGAAGAAAGUUAUUACACAAGGAGCAAGGCAAUCCGAAUUCAUUCUGUGGAAAAUUAAUAAGCAGUCUCUUUGGAAACAUGUUCUAGACGAAAUGUACCAUGCUGCCCUUAAUUUGAGAUUGAGAAUAGCAAAUGAGCGGGAACAGGAAAAAGAGAUUCUUCAAAUGCCCAGAGAGAAGCUGCUCGGAGGACUGAGCGACAGAUACACGCGCCUCAGAAAAAUUUGGAUUACUCUGGAAUCUUGUUUAAUGAAUCUUGAUGAUGCUCUCAUGCUCUUCCAUGACUUCUAAAAUGAAGAAGAUGAUGAUUUUACAUUAUAUAUAUAUCUCCUCACCUUGCUUCCCUUAUUAGAAUUAUUUUAGAAUCUUCUUGUCCUUGAUUGGAUACAAAAUCUCAUCAACAAGUGUUUUAUUUGUCCUUGGCUGAUCCAUAAGGUUCUUGUUUCAUGUUC